AUGGCCGUCAACUACCGACAUGGUCUCUCCAUAUUGGAAUUGAUUGUAUACUUGCCGUCCCUGUUCAUCUCGUUGUAUAUGGGCUUUCGCCAUGGCUUCCAGAGAAACGCCGGCUGGAUUCUCUUAAUAAUCUUUUCCUUGGCCCGCAUUGUUGCGGGCAUGGUUCUUUGCAUUGUUGGUUCAAGCAUGAGCUCCAGCCUUCAGGGAAUCACGAAUAGUAUAGAAGCCAAAGUUGGCGACGUCCUGUACGUCAUCGCAUGGGCCUGCCUCUGUGUUCUGCUACUUGUCGUCGGGAGCAAGUAUGCAAGCAUUGAGGAUGGCGAACAUCGCUUGCUUUUGGCAGUUGGGAUCUCAGUUCCGUUGCUUCUCGUGCGCCUCAUAUACUCCCUGUUGUCUGUAUUCACACACAACCCCACAUUCAACAUGCUUACCGGAAACGUCACCGUCUUCCUGGUCAUGGCCGUUCUGGAGGAAAUCGUGAUUGUUGGGAUCUGCCUGGGAGUUGGAAUGACUCUGGAAGUCCGUCAACGUCCGACAGAGUAUGAGGCCUGCGAGGCGCCGGCUCAGGGAGGUUCCGAGCUCGAGUCACAGCAGAGACCUGAUAUAACUUCGUACAAUCCCAAAAAGCAAGAGCGGAGGCAAAAGAAGAGACGUGGUGGGCCUAUUAGCCAGCUCAUUGGAUUGGCCAUUGAUGAGAUCAGAUCUAGAAGGCACACAACGAAAACCACACAGUGCGCUUCUAGCCUUUUCAAUGGCAUAGAGGCAUACUUUUUUUUCAAGUUCGUUCAGUGGAAGAUCAAAACCAAACAGUUUUUAGCAGAGCUGCGUCUACUCCACCCUGAUAUCUGGGGGAUGAUCGUUGCUGCAGCUCUUGAGAUCAAUCAAAGAGGAACUGAAGCUAUGGUUGAUUACCGAGCAUGCUGUUUUGUUGCGGUCGCCAACGUGUCCUACCAUAUAGGGGACGUAAAUAUCACGGCAACUGAAAAUGAUAGACAUCAAGGACUAAUAAUCAGUUAUCAGAAGCGAAACGAGCGAUUGACUAGUCGCAUCGGCUAUGAUCGUUGCAUGGAGAUGGUGGUUGUUGCCCCUCCUGAGAGCUCACAACUGUCUCAAUGGACGCACAUCACCGACAAUCGACACAACAAUGGCUCAGUCAACUCAAUGCUCUGUGGCACUCUAGAUUCACGGCGCCAGAAAUGCGGAGAGCGACUUGCUGAGUCAAAAGAUUCGGCCCAGAGCUCGUCAAUCUGCGUGUUGCCAUUGGUGCGCCGUGCCUGGACAACGGACUCGGCAUAA